AUGGGUUGGUUCGAUAACGACUCCGACGAGGCUCAAGCCUACGAACAGGUCAAGCACCACAAGGCCUCGUUCACCCACGAACUCCUUGCUGGAGCCGCCAGCUACGAAGCCGCCAAGGCAUACGAAAAGCACGUCGCUGAGAAUGGACAGCCAGCAAGUCAUGCAGAGGCGAAAGAGCUCUUGGCUGGCUUCGUCGGCGCAUUUAUAGACCGCGAGGUAGAAACCAAGGGCCUCGAUUACAUCGACGCUGAAAAGGCAAAGCGUCAUGCACGCGAAAAUGUCCAUCAGCAACUCGCCGAUUCUGGAGACUAUUAG